UGAGAGAGUGUCAAAUAAGGCAUAGAAUACAUCCUCCUCUCAGGGAAGGGGAUUUGCUAUCAUUACACAUCUACAGGAGAACAAAGAGUUCGUUCUCAUGCUGGUAAAGUUUGGGCUUCAAUAUGUUGGCCGUUCAUCUGGUUUCCUUCUUCUUCUCAAAACUCCAAGAGGAUCCCACAAAAAAAGUGGACCGGUUUCUGCAUGCAAUGCGUCUCCAUGAUGACCAGUUAACUGACAUUUCGAUGCGUUUUCUGGCUGAAAUUAAGAAGGGACUUUCAACAGAAAGCCAUGCAGCUGCAACCGUGAAGAUGCUGCCAACACAUGUCCGUUCCACUCCCGAUGGAACAGAGAAAGGACAGUUCAUUGCGCUGGAUCUAGGAGGUUCAAAGUUUAAGGUGCUCCAAGUUAAAGUGAGAGAGGAUAAAGGUUUAAGGAAGGGAGGGGUGGAGAUGGAGGAAAAAAUAUAUCCAAUUCCUAAUGAGCUGCAGGAUGGCAGAGGAGCAGAGUUAUUUGACCAUGUGUCGGAGUCGUUGAAAGACUUCCUGCAAGAAAAGAAUAUCAGUUUGGAGGAGAAACACCCGCUUGCCUUCACUUUCUCUUUCCCUUGUGAACAGCUCAGUCUGGAUAAGGGAUUACUGCUAAGAUGGAGUAAGAACUACAAAGCUCGAGGUCUUCAGGGAAAAAAUGUGGUCCAGGUCCUCAGAGAGGCUAUCGACAGAACUGGGGGAAUGGACAUAGAGGUGUUGGCGAUGGUCAAUGACACUGUGGCCACCAUGAUGACUUGUGGUUUUGAUGACAAGUACUGCAAUGUGGGACUAAUCAUUGGAACUGGCACCAAUGCCUGCUACAUGGAGCAGAUGCGUCAUGUUGAUCUGGUGGAGGGAGAUGAAGGCAGGAUGUGUGUGAACACCGAAUGGGGAGCUUUUGGGGAUGAUGGGGCCCUAAAUGACUUCAUAACAGAGUUUGACAGGGAUGUCGAUGCAGCCUCUAUGAACCCUGGAAAACAAAUAUUUGAGAAGAUGGUGAGUGGGAUGUAUCUGGGAGAGUUAGUACGGUUGGUUGUGUUAAAGAUGGCCAAAAGAGGACUGCUGUUUGAUGGCUUUGUGUCUGAUGCACUGAGAACCAAAGGCAAGAUUACAACUGCGCAUGUAGCAGCAAUGGAAGAGUACAGAAAUGGACUAAAAAACACCAGAGACAUUCUAGUUCAGCUUGAUUUGGCCCCGUCACCAGAUGACUGCGUGGCUGUCCAACAUGUCAGCACCAUCGUGUCCUUCAGGUCCUCGAAUCUGGUGGCAGCAGGACUGGCAGCCAUCUUAACAAGGAUCAAACAAAACCGGAAUCUGAGGGCAUUAAGAAUCACUGUAGGUGUGGAUGGAACUGUGUACAAGACACACCCACAGUAUCCUAAGCGCCUCCAUAAAGUGGUGCGGCGGCUGCUUCCUGAGAGUCAGGUUCGGUUUGCGCUCUCAGACAGUGGCAGCAGCAAAGGAGCUGCUUUGGUAACAGCAGUCGCCCAACGUUUGGCGUCACAGAGGCGAAAGGUGGAUGAGACGCUUUCUCUCUUCAAACUGAGCCCGGAGCACCUUCAGCUGGUCAAAGACAGCAUGAGAGCGGGGCUGGAGGCAGGACUGAGGCGCACAGGCCCCUUCACAAUCAAAAUGCUGCCUUCUUAUGUAUGCCACACGCCUGAUGGCCAAGAGUAUGGAAAAUACCUUGCCUUGGAUCUUGGUGGAACCAACUUCAGAGCUCUGCUUGUCAGAUUUAAAAAACAGAGGACACGACUUUACCAUAAAAUUUAUCCCAUUCCACUGGAGAUUAUGCAGGGAACCGGAGAGGAGCUGUUUGACCAUUUAGCUGAGUGUGUUUGUGACUUCCUGGACUACAUGGGGAUGAAAAAUGCUCGGCUCCCCACUGGUUUCACCUUCUCUUUUCCCUGCGAGCAGACAGCUAUUGAUACGGGAAAUUUGGUGAGCUGGACAAAAGGCUUCAAGGCCACAGACUGUGAGGGACACGAUGUUGUGAACAUGCUGCGAGAAGCCAUCAAGAGACGCAACGAUUUUGAUCUGGACAUAGUUGCAUUAGUGAAUGACACAGUUGGUACCAUGAUGAGCUGUGCUUACGAAGACCCCAAGUGUGAAAUUGGACUGAUUGCUGGAACAGGAUCAAAUCUCUGCUAUAUGGAAGACCUGAAAAACAUUGAGAAGAUUGAACAAAAGACAAUGACAGAGAAAAAAAAGGAGACAUUUAAAGGAGAGGAGGAUGAGCAAGGUGGGAUGAAAGCUGAAAAAACAGAGGGGGAUGCUGAGAUGGCAAAGAUGUGUAUAAACACAGAGUGGGGAGGUCUGGGCGAUGAUGGCAGUCUGCGCGAUAUCAUAACACCUUUUGAUAUCGAGGUGGAUCAACAGUCAGUCAACCCCGGAAAACAAAGGCUUGAAAAGAUGACCAGUGGGAUGUAUUUGGGUGAAGUUGUCCGACAAGUAUUGCUGGAUCUAACCAGAAGAGGCCUGCUGUUCAGAGGGCAUGUCACAGAGACCUUAAAAACACCUGGGAUCUUUGAAACUAAAUAUCUGUCACAAAUAGAGAGUGACAAUCUAGCCCUACUGCAGGUCAGGUGUAUUCUCCAGAAGCUUGGGCUCGACAGCAACUGUGACGACAGCAUCAUUGUCAAAGAGGUAUGUGGAGCGGUGUCCCGCCGUGCAGCUCAGCUGUGUGGGGCCGGACUGGCGGCAGUGGUUGAUAAGAUCAGAGAGAACAGAAGACUGGACCAUCUGAGCAUCACUGUAGGAGUAGAUGGGGCACUCUACAAACUACACCCACAUUUCUCUCACGUCCUCCAGGAAACUGUGAGAGUCAUGGCUCCUCAGUGUGAGGUGGUGUUCCUCCCAUCUGAGGAGGGCAGUGGGAAAGGCGCGGCCCUCAUUGCUGCUGUGGCUCGAAACAAACAAAAUAUGUGAUUUUUUUGUGUCCGAAUAAUUGCAAUAUGCUAAAUCUCCUGUUCAAGUCAAAGGCAACGGAGUUCUGCAGAUAGAAGACUGAAAAGAAUAUUUAUGUGCCUGUCCAAAUUGAUGGAUUUGAACUUAUUGUUCAAAUUUUGUUGUGUGUAUUUCUACUUUCUAUUUCCUACUCUGAUAUAAAUGACGUCUAAAUUCUGUGCAGUCAGUUUUUGUUGUUGUUGUUGUAGUUGCUCAUUUUUAAUCGCUGAGGCAAAAUUGUCCCAACAGAACAGCACUUUCCUUUUAAGUUCAGAAUUAGAUCUGUGUCUGUUUAAUCUAUCUACCUGAACAUUGGAUUUUCUUUUCAAAGUAAAUACAGACCCCCCCCCCCCAAUUCUAAUUGCUACAAAGCUGUGGGAAAUGAGCAGCUGUACGGCCACAUGUCAGAGUUAGCAUGCACUGAUUUAGCACCAGAGAGUGGUUGGUUUAGGAAACUAAACUAAAAUUCCUAUCCUUGAGCUGACUCAAUGACAUCAGUUAAUGCAAAACCAAAUGGUAAUCAGCCAUAAGAGCAUUUAUUCGGUUGACUACAUUGUGGGAUGGCAAUGUUUGCAGCUAUUGAAAUGUGAACGCAGUUUUCUUACAGUUUCACACUAACAGAGGAACUUUACGAUUUGUCUUACCGGUUAUUUUUCUGUCUAUUUUCAAAAUGCAAAACAUAUUUAUGGAAGUCAGUAUUUUAGGAUUGAGACCAAGAUGUUGACAGUUAAAAUCAAAUGAUAGGAUAAAUGAACCUAUAAAAAACCACUGUGACUUAAAAGCUUACAUAUAGGUACUAACACUGGGAAAUUAAUUACCUUGCGAGGGCCAAAGUGUUUGAAGAACAACUUUAUAGGGGAUUUUACACUAUAUGGAAUAAAAAACUAAAUCACCAUGACAUAAAUCAUUAGUUUUUCAGCUAAAGAGAAAUUCCGUUGGGGUUAGGGGUAGUGAAGAAAAAAACUCUUGGUAUCAGGGUUGGUGCUAAAACCUGAAUAUGUAAUGUAACAUCCUCAUGAUCGUGUUUGUUUGAAAGUAUACGUGGGCUGGAGAGCCGUAUCUCAGUUCUGAUGAGGGGCAGUAGUAGGAUUGGAAUGCUGCUG